CCGCGUUGGCCUGGACGUGGCACCGAAGAGGAGCUGCGCCCACUCUGGUUUCUCUCCGCCUGUUCCCGGUUUGUUCCCCGGCUCUGACCAGCAGCUGCUCCCGGACUAACCGGCUGACCUCCUCCCGCCCCUGAAACGGGACAUUUUAGUGAAAUGGGCCUGACGAUCUCGUCUCUGUUCUCCCGGUUUUUCGGGAAGAAGCAGAUGAGGAUCCUGAUGGUGGGUUUGGACGCAGCUGGAAAAACAACGAUCCUCUACAAACUGAAGCUCGGAGAGAUCGUCACCACUAUCCCAACUAUCGGCUUUAAUGUGGAGACAGUCGAGUACAAGAACAUCUGUUUCACGGUCUGGGACGUCGGUGGUCAGGACAAGAUCAGACCUCUGUGGAGACACUACUUCCAGAACACUCAGGGUCUGAUCUUUGUAGUGGACAGUAAUGACAGAGAGAGAGUAGCAGAGUCUGCGGAGGAACUCUCCAAGAUGAUCCAGGAGGACGAGUUGAAGGAGGCGGUUCUUCUGGUGUUUGCUAACAAACAGGAUCUUCCCAACGCCAUGGGAGUCAGUGAACUCACCGACAAACUGGGUCUGCACAGCCUGCGCAGCAGAACUUGGCACGUUCAGGCCACCUGUGCCACUCAGGGUACAGGUCUCUACGAGGGUCUGGACUGGCUGUCCAAUGAGCUGUCAAAACGCUAGAGCAGCGGGCAGGUAACAGGAAGCAGCAGACUGAUGUCAUCGACUGAUGUCAUCGACUGAUGUCACCAUGUACAAACUGAUGAAGAGGUGCAGGAGGAGGCGGAGUUUCACAGGACUGUUUUUGUUUUUUUUAAAUUAUAAAUGUGUCUGUCUGUAGGAGGAAGUGACGUCAUGGACUCUGAGCUCACCUUUAUUUCCUAUCAUCCUCUUCUGUUCUUCCUGCAGAUGUUUGUUAGAUCUGUUUUUUCUUUUAAUCCGCAUGUUUUAACUGAAUCAUGUGACAGGAAGUGAGUCAGGAGGGGCGUGGCUUAUGACAGGCUGCAGUUACCUGUUUUUAGAGGGCAGUGUUUGACAGGUGACAGUUACCUGUGGGGGGGUGGGGUUGUGACAGAUGACUCUUACCUGUUGAGGGGAGGUUGACAGAUGUGACAGGGGCAGGAUUUGUGACAGGUGACAGUUACCUGUUGGGGAGGGGGUUGGGUUAAUGACAGGUAACUGUUUCCUGUUUUUUUAGAGGGUGGGGUUUAUGAAAGGUGACAGAUACCUGUGGGGGCAGGGGGCGGAAUUUGUGACAGGUGACGGUUACCUGUGGUGGGGGCAGGGGGCGGAGUUAACUGCAGGUGACAGUUACCUGUUAUUUGAUGACUCAUUCCACAGAGCCGAACCUGAAGGCCUCGUCAUUCCUUAUCAAUGUGAAGAAGAAACAGAGACGACAAUGAUGCAAUAAAGGUUUUUUUUUCUUCGCACCUGUUUUUGUUAUUUUUAGUUUAAUAUUUAAAAUAAUUCAUAUUCAUGAGGCUCCAAAAAUCUUUUUGUGACAGAAAAAAAUUCCCUGUUAUAAUUUGGUAUUUGAACGCAUCACCAGUUUGUGUUAUAAGAAGAAAAUGAACCUGUUAAAUGAGAUGUAAAGGUUUUAUUUUAUAUGUUCUGACAUAUUUGUUAUUAAAACAAAAAUGUUUUAUAACAUUAA